AUGUGGGGAGGCCCCACCCUGCAAGCCACGGGGAGAACGCGGCUCCGCGUGACUCAUGUGGCCGGCCACUGUGUCUACUCUUUCGAGAACUGCGAGCCUUUAGCCCCCUCCGCUCCUCGGCAGCGGAGUCGGAACCCAGAGCGCUUCUGCUCUGCGCCCGGCCGCCCGGCAGCCGCGGGAAGCCGGAACGGGUACCAGCCUGGGGGGGGAUGGAGCGGCGCCGGAGGAAGUGAGCUCACCCGGGAAGGAAGGCUAGCAAGGAGCCGGGGCCGCGCGCCUUCCACGCCCCACGCACGGAGUGGGAAGGCCAGGAAGCUGCAAGCUCCCGACCCGCGGCCUCGGCCCUCCAAGGAGGCCCGUUUGCCCAGGGCCGCAGAUGCAGCCGACUCCCUUGGACUUGCACGGUUGGUCCGAGGUGCUCCCUGGGAGCAGGAGUGCCAGGUGUGGCUUUGGUGCUUCCGGCCUGGGGAUGGAGGUUGGAGAUUGGCUUCCCACGGAGACUCCAACUGUCUGGAACCCCAAACCCAAGACCACCAAGAGGGAAAUGCAAAGGAGAACAAGAAACCAUGGAGAGAGGGAGCGGCCUCGGGAAAGAAAAGAAUUAAUUGCCCACCGCUUUUGAAGGGCGUGCGGAAUUUUGCCCCUGAGUUCCCACGACGCAUUCUGACUUUUCUCGAUGUGCUUCCUAGAACCCAUUUUCCUUGUUUUGGGGUUUUGUUUGUUUGUUUUUGGUUUUGUUUUCUUUGCCUGGGAACCGCGCGCUUGCAUACUCCUGCGAGCCGUACCCGUUGGCGGUGGAAGGGGAAAUCAGCAGCCGGCAGGAGACUUGGGUGAGGAAAGAAAACCCUGGCGGCGCCGGGGGGCCAGUCUAAGGCACUCCCCUCGCGGCUACCGCAGGAGCAGGCUGAGCCGCCGCCCGCCGGAGGCUGAGCCCUGGGCUGCUGGCCACGGGGUUGAUCUGGGCCAGAGUGAUCGCACUGCAUUUAUUAACGACCGGAGAGAUUUCUUAAGCCAAAUCCCCAAAGAGAGGGAUCCAAAUGAGUAAAACAGUUGCAGCUCCGGCUCUGGCCAAAGCUGCGAGUCGGAGAAUCCCGCCCGUCGUGGACGGCGUUGCCUGCUUCUCGGGCAUCUGCCGCUUGUAGGACGACGUGAUGCUUGUUUAGGUGGGCUCCUCCGCGCCCUGGGGCCUGCGGUCAAGUGCCGCUGAAAGGUAAUUAUUGGAACUAUUAGACUAUGCUACAACUGGCUGUGGAAAUUGGAAGACACUUCCGGUGUACUUCAGAAAACAUCUCCGCUCUUCUCUCCCGCCGCAGAUUUAGCCUAAGUCUCUCCUGUACUGAUAAUGACACCGCCCUAAAAGCCAUCAGCUGAGUGGACAGAUUCGCCCUUCCUGUAGAACUGAAAACCUCUGUAAGAGUCGCUCGUCGGGCUGAAUGGCAAUCGGUGGAUGCGAUCAGGGGUUGCACACUUUGGUUUCUGGGCUGACUUGUGGCCCUCCUCGUCUUUGCAUUUACAAAACCGGAGCAUUAAAGUGCCGCCUGCGGACCGCGGGCUAUCCUCACCACUGCUUGGUUUCUUCAAGUUUUCAGGG